GUGUUGUUAUUUCCGUGUCCCAAGUCCAAAAGGCGACUAUGGCGGGUGCAGGUUCCAUGGUGGAUAAGGUUUAACGCUUAAAUUGAUUAUUGUAUAGCUAACAUUAACAGAAAAGAUCGGCGAUUUACACAUUAAUGCAGUGUACAGUAUAUAUAGGCGUAACGUCAAGAUAAGCGAACUAUAGAACCGGUAGAUCGGUUAAUGGGAUACAGAAUUAGCAACAUUAAAAAUAAGAGCAUUAAUCUGAUCAUUUAUAGUGUUAGCGAAUUUUACAUCUGUGGACGGAUUUAGUUGUAUAACUAGGUUCCAUUGUAGAAUCGGGUAGUUAUGGUUGGCAUAGCAGAAACGUGUUGCGUUGUGACGGCUUUUGAAUCGUCUGAAAAACACGUCGGUGAGCAGUCUGAUUACUCCAAGGUACACAAACAAUUCAGCUGCAGCGGAGUCAUCUUAAAUGAGUCUCAUGGGCUUGUGCUUUGCAGUGGCCACUUGUUUUCUCGUUUUCUUAUUAGGAAAGACGUGUUGUCCACUGACUUCCAGUUUUUGUUACGAGGGAGUUUUAGCGAUACUCUUACGAUCUACGUACAACACGAUUACACGACUCAUCCAUCAAACGCAAUAACGUGUCGAGGUAGGACGACGAAUCCAGAACAAAACAGGCUGAAAUUAACCCACCUUAAGGCUGAAUUUAUUGUGUUGAUAAACUGUCUUGAGUUUCAGACAGCGUUUUUGGAAUUAUUUAAGGUUUCAGACAACUGGCGCUUUUCCUUGGGUGAGGAGCAUGCUGAUCUAAUUAAGGAUUCGGACUUUUUAAGUUACUUCGCUCUUCUUAGGGUGCCUGGUUUGGUAAAAUCGGCAGGUAAAGACACUGUCCAUUGGGUUUCUAGUUGUGCUCUAGAGAAAGGAUGUGAGGUUUUUGCCUGUGGUUCUCCAUUUGGAUCUGUCUGCCCUGAUCUUUUUAUGAACACAUUGAGCAAAGGUAUUGUGAGUAAUGUUGUAGGAAAGGAUAAUGCAGUUAUCCUUACAGACUCACACUGCUUGCCAGGUACGGAAGGAGGAGGGCUGUUUGUUAAAGAAGGAGAUGCUGCAUUCCUUGUGGGUUUGAUUGUGUCUCCAUUUUGUUGGAAGUCAAGGGAAUGGGUUGGCCUCACUUUAGUGUGUUCCUUUCAUUUGAUACUGCAAAACCUAGCACAAGCAGUAAAUCACAGACAAUCACUGAACAAGUUGUCUAUUGAAGUGCCUGUUGAUGUAAAUCAAGCCUUGCUGCAUAAAGGGCUGUGUGCGAUCAUUCAAAAUUUCCCAAUGGUGUGUUUAGUUGACAGUAACCAAUUCUGGGGUUCUGGAGUUCUCUUGAACUCCCAACUGGUUCUGACUUGUAGACAUGUAUUGAAUGGAAAAUCCAGGGUGGUUGUGAGGUACAAGACUUCCAAAAGAUUGCUUUCUGUGAUGGGUGAUGUGCUGUUUGCCACAAAAGUUACGGCACCAUUUGAUGUGGCAAUAGUGUGGCUGCAAGAACCUCUUCCUGAUAUUAUUGUUCCAAAAUUAGCCUCUUCUUUCAAGCCAGGUAAAAGUGUGUGCAUCAUUGGCUAUGGUGUAUUUGGCCAUAGUUGUGGACAUUCUGUUACAUCGGGGAUUUUGUCUAAAGUCGUCACAUGCCAGUCGCAAGCAGCGAUGCUGCAGACUACCUGUGCAGUGCAGGCAGGUGCCAGUGGAGGUGCUCUGGUGCAAACAGACACGGGAGAACUUCUAGGUCUUGUAUGCAGUAAUACACGGGACUUUGCUGCUGAUGUGACCUAUCCACACCUCAACUUCUGCAUCCCUAUGAGUGUGCUGGCACCUCUACUGCAGGCUUUUUCUGUGACACAUGAUCCCACAAUAUUCCAGAAACUGGAUGAUGCUGGACCCGAAGUUGCGAGGGUGUGGCGACUGCAAAUCAGGCCCCAACGGCACCAAACCAGCAGACUUUGACCAGCUCUCCAAUCAAAGAAUGAAUGAACGAAUGAAUGAAUAAAUGAACAUUGGUCUGUAUUGUUAGCCAGAUGAUUUUAAACUUCAAGGAAAAUACAAUUUGUACUUCAAUAUCUAACAAAGCUAAAUCAAGCCAUAGUUUUAUAGUUUUUGUAUUUUAAUGUUUCCAUGGUAUUUGCCUAGCUUGACUUGUAAUUAAAUGACAACAUAUGUAUGAAAAUAUAUAUAAAUUGUUUAUUAAACAUUCAAUACAUAAUUUGUCAUUA